AUGGUCGAAAAAUUUGAUAACUUUAUUAUCACCUUUUUCGUUGUGAUAGUGUUGCCAAGCUUUAACGCCAGUACAAACGAAACAGAAAAUGUAAUUUGUUCAGAUCUAAAAAAUAUACCAUUUUUCGGAUCGUUUCUUGUCUCUCAUACCAACGUAAAUCAUAAAAGAAUAGAAACUGAAUAUUACCUCUCGACUAGUUACGAAAAAAAACUCGUGAAAAUUAAUUUACAUGAUGAUUGGACAGAGCUCGAAAAAAGUUGGUUUGAUCCGACAGCCAAAACUUUUAUUCUAAUCCAUGGAUAUCGGUCUGGAGGGAAAAAACCAUGGGUUUUGGAGUUAAAAGAAAGACUUCUGAGUACUAGACAAGCUAACGUUAUAAUUGUUGAUUGGAAUAAUGCUAGCCAUACAAAAAAUUAUAUUACAGCUGCGAAAAAAACAGAAUUUAUUAGUAAUAAGAUUUUUAAUUUUUUGCAGAAACUAAAACCGAAUGUUGAAAAAUUGAUUAAUACAUCUAUCAAUAUUAAAUGGAAUCGUUUGCAUUUUAUUGGUCACAGUCUUGGUGCACACAUUAGCGGACAAACAGCUCAUAUUUUAAAACAAGAUCCGUUUUGGAAAGUUGAAAGAAUCACUGGCUUAGAUCCAGCAAAGCCCUGCUUCGUUGGCGUCAAACCAAACCUCAGAAUCGAUAAGGAUAAUGCAAAUUUCGUUGACAUCAUACAUACACAAGUGGGUACUGGAAUUAGUGGCUUUGGCAUAAAAGAAAACAUAGGUCAUACAGAUUUUUACGUCAACGGUGGUGUUGCUCAACCACAAUGUCUCGGUUCAGUUUUGACUCCAAAAUGGAAAACCGUUAUCUGUAGCCACAAGUCAUCUGUUAAAUAUUUUAUUGACUCAAUAGUCGAUUUACAAAAUGACACGUGCUUAUUCGAAGGUUACGAAUGGGACAAAACUUAUAACGAUGCACUGAGAAUUUUGAACGAAAAAAUGGGCGGCCAACCGUGCGAAAAUUGUCCAAAAAUGGGUAUCAAUGCUAACGUAAGCAAAAAAAGAGGAAACUUUUUGGUGAUUACGUCACUUCAUGAGCCGUACUGUCGUAAGCUGAAACUAUUCACGUAG